AUGCCUGAGAUUUCAGAGGUUCUUGUCUGGGAACGGCUUUUGAACAGAAAAAGAUCCAAAAAGCGUCUUUUUUGCCUGCUCAUUUCACCCCUUGGAUUUUCCAUUGGAUCUGAAAAACAAUGUUAUACCACUCUCACUGCCACAAAAGGUAGUUAUACUAGCACCAUACUAACAAAGGCAGCACUCCCCCUCCCCACUUGGGUCUCAGCUCAAAGGAAACACUAUGCGCCUUGGCCCCCAAAGCUUGGAGGGACAGGGUGGUCAAUGAGAAUUGGGAUUAUCUUCUGGAAGAGACUCCACCAGGAAAACUCAUUUAUGUCUGGAGAGGAAAGGUGCUCAUUGUUGCAUGUGGACAUUAUGCAAUGGUCAUCACCCAGGUCCAAACAAGGACAAGGAAAAGGCCUUGAAAAAGAGAACCUUUCUCAUUCCUGA